AUGGCUGAUCAGCAAAAAUUAGCGAUCAUCUCGGUGAGCGAUAAACGUGGCGUAAUCGAAUUGGCCCGCGCGCUGGUUGAUGCUGGAUUGGGAAUUAUUGCUUCUGGAGGAACGGCAAAGGCUAUUAGAGACGAGGGGAUUACUGUAAGAGAUGUGAGCGAUAUCACUUCAUUUCCGGAGCUACUCGGAGGCCGUGUCAAAACGCUGCACCCAGCAGUCCAUGCUGGCAUUCUCGCCAGAGAAACUGAAAAUUCGGAUCUUCAAGACCUCAAGGCUCACUCGUUCCACCUGAUCUCCUUUGUCGUCUGCAAUCUCUACCCUUUCAAGCAGACAAUCAGCAAAGAAGGGUGUACGGUAGAGGAGGCCAUCGAAAAUAUCGAUAUUGGAGGAGUGACCCUUCUCCGAGCCGCGGCCAAGAAUCACGAACGCGUCAUCGUUGUCUCGGAUCCGGACGAUUAUCCAAAAAUCAUCGAAGAGCUUGGCUCUGGCGGCGUAGCAGACGGCACGCGACGCCUUCUCGCGCUGAAGGCCUUCGAGCAGACAGCCUCCUACGACGAUAGUAUUGCCUCGUAUAUGAGAAGGAGGUUCGCCGGGGAUGACAGAUCGCUGCCAUUGCGUUACGGGAUGAACCCCCAUCAAAAACCGGACGCCGAACUCUUUUCCGUCGAGGAGGAAAUGCCGCUGAAAGUGCUCAACGGUUCUCCGGGAUAUAUCAACAUUUUGGAUGCGCUGAAUGGAUGGCAGUUAGUUAAGGAGCUGAGCCAAUCCACCGGCCACCCAGCAGCCGCCUCCUUCAAACAUGUCUCUCCAGCCGGCGCUGCAAUCGGUGUCCCGCUGAAUGAUGCCGAAUCUCAAGCAUGUAUGGUGGCUGAUCUGGGUUUGGAUGGAAAGAAACCGUCACUGGCUGCGGCUUAUGCCAGGGCUAGAGAACAGGAAUGGCCGAUGUUGAUCACGGAUCGACUCGAGAAGUUGGAACGAUUAUUGGGAGCCGACCGGAUGUCUUCUUUUGGUGAUUUCAUCGCGCUGUCCGACAAAUGCGACGAAUUGACGGCAAAAAUUAUCAAUAGAGAGGUGUCUGACGGAGUGGUGGCACCAGACUACGAGCCGGCAGCCCUUUCAUUGUUGGCCAAGAAGAAGAAUGGAAACUAUACCGUACUCAAGAUCAACCCCCAAUUCGUCCCAACCGAUAUCGAAGAACGGACGGUAUUCGGGCUGAAAUUACGACAAAAACGAAACGAUGCGGUGAUCAGCCCGGAGACAUUUGAGAAUAUUAUUGGGAAAGAGAGGGAUGUCACGAAAGAAGCGUUGAUGGAUAUGGUUGUCGCCACAAUUGCCCUCAAAUAUACACAGUCCAAUUCUGUGUGUUUUGCUCAUCGGGGACAGGUAAUCGGGAUGGGCGCCGGCCAGCAAUCGCGUAUCCAUUGCACACGACUCGCCGGCGAGAAGGCCGCUAACUGG